CAGACCUUAAGGAGAGGGUCAACUUGACUGGGGCUGAUGCCUCAAAAACUCAGAGGAAAGCCCCUUGGAGCUGGACUCAUACCUCUGAGGAGGCGGCUCUGGCCAGCUGCUGCUGGUAUCUCUGUGGGAACUUACUAAGCUGGUCUGGGAGACUGAGGGAAGAAUCCUGAGAAUUGGAAUCCAACAGCCACUGCCAGGAGGAAAAACCAUUGCUGAGGUGAUACCGACAGAAACUGGAAGCAAACAGGAAGGAGCAAGCAAGCCCCUUCUUUCUCUUCCAACCUUUCACGUCCCUUGACAACCCUGUUGGCAGAGCUGGCAAAGCUAAAAUGUGGUUUACAUAGUCCGAGUCCUAACAUCACAAAGCAGAGCAUUAAAAGGUGGUUUUGGAACUGAGACACAAUGGCUUAUUAACCAACUCAGUGAUCAGAAAUGAGUGAACAAUCAGAGAAAAACAAUUCCAUUCAAGAGGGACACACAGAUCGUAGUUUUCCUGAGAAGAACUGUCAAAUUGGACAGAAACAACUGCAACAAAUAGAGCGGCAGUUAAAAUGCUUGGCGUUUCAAAACCCUGGGCCGCAGGUAGCAGACUUUAAUCCUGAAACAAGGCAGCAGAAAAAGAAAGCCCGGAUGUCACAGAUGAAUGAGUAUUUUUCUACAAAAUACAAAGUAAUGAGGAAGUACGACAAAAGUGGCAGACUCCUCUGUAAUAAUGUUGACCUGUGUGAUUGUCUAGAGAAGAACUGCCUGGGCUGCUUCUACCCAUGCCCCAGGUGUAACUCCAACAAGUGUGGGCCCGAGUGCCGCUGCAACCGACGGUGGGUUUACGAUGCCAUCGUCACCGAGUCCGGAGAGGCCAUCAGCACGCUGCCAUUUAAUGUUCCUGACUAGGUGUUCUUGCAUAUGGAAUGAUUUGUUUCUUCUUCUUACACAUUUAAGUCAACCUCUUUCUCUUGGGUGAAUUUUAGGGCUUGGGGGAAAUAUUGAAAAAAACAUACUGAAGACUCAUGUUCUGUCAAGCCCCAGAACAAUGUAGAAUGGGCAAUAAUUCUGUAACCUUCUUAACUGUGUCAACAAGUUUCAAGUUCCUUAACUUACGACUGAAGAAUGUAACAAUGGAGGGAUCAGCAUUUCUCAUCAGCACCCUCAUCUCUACUCUGCCUUCAAAUUAAAACUCUCUUCCCUCUUUGCUGAUAUCUGAGAAAAUGUAGCUUUAAG